CACGGGCUGAGCGGCAGUGUGGCGAGGUGCGCGAGCAGUACGGCAUCCAGCGCGUGGAGGCCAUGUUCUACGCGCUGGACCGCAUCAACGCCGACCCAAUGCUCCUGCCCAACGUCACGCUGGGCUGCGAGAUCCGAGACUCGUGCUGGCACUCGGCCGUGGCACUCGAGCAGAGCAUCGAGUUCAUCCGCGACUCACUCAUCUCCAUCCGCGAGGAAGACCCGCUCCUCCAGCAGCAGCUGCUGCAGCAGCCAGGCGGAGCAGCAGUGGGGGCCACCAAGGUGUGCGUGGACGGACCCGGCACAGGAGGCCCCUCGGGUCCCAGCGCUGCCCAGAAGAAGAAGCCCAUUGCUGGGGUGAUCGGUCCCGGCUCCAGCUCAGUGGCCAUCCAGGUCCAGAAUCUCCUGCAGCUCUUCAACAUCCCGCAGAUAGCCUACAGUGCCACCAGCAUUGACCUGAGUGAUAAGACGCUCUUCCAGUACUUCCUGCGGGUCGUGGCCUCGGACACACUUCAGGCCCGCGCCAUGCUGGAUAUAGUCAAGCGCUACAACUGGACCUAUGUGUCGGCCGUGCACACAGAAGGUAACUAUGGCGAGAGCGGCAUGGAGGCCUUUAAGGAGUUGGCGUCCGAGGAGGGCCUGUGUAUCGCCCACUCGGACAAGAUCUACAGCAACGCCGGCGAGCGCCACUUUGACCGGCUGCUCCGCAAGCUCAGGGAGCGGCUGCCCAAGGCCCGCGUGGUGAUCUGCUUCUGUGAGGGCAUGACCGUACGAGGCCUGCUCAUGGCUAUGAGACGACUGGGGGUGGUGGGGGAGUUUCUGCUCAUCGGCAGUGAUGGAUGGGCAGAUCGUUAUGAGGUGGUGGAGGGCUACGAGCAGGAAGCAGAUGGAGGAAUCACACUGAAGCUACAGACAGAGGAGGUCCAGUCCUUCAACGACUACUUCCUGGAGCUGCGCCUGGACACCAACAAGCGGAACCCGUGGUUCCCCGAGUUCUGGCAGCACCGCUUCCAGUGUCGAAUCCCCUUCCAUCCACAGGAGAACCCCAACUUCCAGAGGGUCUGCACAGGCAACGAGAGCCUGCGUGAGCACUAUGUCCAGGACAGCAAGAUGGGCUUCGUCAUCAACGCCAUCUACGCCAUGGCCCACGGCCUCCAUGACAUGCAGCAGGCACUCUGCCCAGAACGUUCUGGACUGUGCGACGCCAUGGAUCCUGUGGACGGACGCUACCUGCUGGAUUACCUACUCAAGACGUCCUUUACAGGGGUGUCGGGAGAGGAGGUGUACUUUGAUGAGAAUGGAGACACGUUGGGCAGGUAUGACAUUAUGAACCUGCAGUAUGUGGAACACACUGGUCGCUAUGACUACAUCAACGUGGGCAUGUGGCAUGAGGGGAUGCUGAGUGUGGACGACGACAAGCUUCUGAUGAACCGCAGCGAGAUGGUGCGCUCUGUCUGCAGUGAGCCCUGCUCCAGAGGGCAGAUCAAGGUGAUCCGUAAGGGGGAGGUGAGCUGCUGUUGGAUCUGCACCACCUGUAAGGACAACGAGAUCGUGCAGGACGAGUUCACCUGUCGAGCCUGCGACCUUGGCUGGUGGCCAGAUGAGGACCUGCAAUUCUGUGAACCGCUGCCUCUUAUGUACCUGGAGUGGAGCGCCGUGGAGUCCAUUGUGGCCGUGGUGUUCUCGUGCCUGGGGAUCCUGGUCACGCUCUUCGUCACCUUCAUCUUCAUCCAGUCCACGCCCGUGGUCAAGUCGUCCAGCCGCGAGCUCUGCUACAUCAUCCUCAUUGGCAUCUUCCUGGGCUACAUCUGCCCCUUCACACUCAUCGCCCGGCCUACGGUGGUGUCAUGUUACCUGCAGCGUCUCUUGGUGGGCCUCUCGUCGGCCAUGUGCUACUCGGCGCUGGUCACCAAGACCAACCGCAUCGCCCGCAUCCUGGCUGGCAGCAAGAAGAAGAUCUGCACGCGCAAGCCACGCUUCAUGAGCGCCUGGGCCCAGGUGUUCAUCGCCUCCAUGCUCAUCAGCCUCCAGCUGACCCUGGAGGUGGUCCUGAUCAUCAUGGAGCCGCCGGAGCCCGUCAAGUCCUACCCGUCCAUCAGCGAGGUCUUCCUCAUCUGCAACACGUCCACCGUGAGCAUGGUGGCGCCACUGGGCUACAACGGCCUCCUCAUCCUCAGCUGCACCUACUACGCCUUCAAGACGCGCAACGUGCCGGCUAACUUCAACGAGGCCAAGUACAUCGCGUUCACCAUGUACACCACGUGCAUCAUCUGGCUGGCCUUCGUGCCUAUCUACUUCGGCUCCAACUACAAGAUCAUCACCACCUCCUUCUCCGUCAGCCUGAGCGUCACCGUGGCGCUGACCUUCAUGUUCACGCCCAAGAUGUACAUCAUCAUCGUCAAGCCCGAGCGCAACGUUCGGAGCGCCUUCACCACGUCGGACGUGGUGCGCAUGCACGUCGGUGACGGCAAGACGGCCGUCCGGCGCAACAACAGCAUCCUCAACAUCUUCCGACGCAAGAAGACAAAUAACAACUCGUCCACUGCCCCACCGGCAACCACGGCCAAUCCCGGGAGUGGAAAUUCUAAUGGAAAGUCUAUGUGCUGGUCUGACUCAGGUGGCAGACCACAGACGACACCUCAGCAGACGCCCCAGCCCCCCCGCCAGUCUGUGUGUGCGACGAGACCAGCGCCCCCCCCAAGCCAGACAGCAAUCAUCCGACCCCUAACUAGCUCCCAAACGCCCCCGCGCACCCCCGCUUCCCAUCCCCAGCAAGAACACAAGACCUCACAGGAGGACCAGGGGAUGACGCCAUCACACCCUCAUCACACGGUUGGUUUAGCCCGGGAGGAAGAAGGGAAUACUCUCUGAUUUGUCCGUUAAG